GGUAAGGCGCUUUCUCCGUAUCUUGGAGUACAUGGGCUAACAAGAGCAGGCCGAGAGUGCAGGGAUAAGAUGCCAGAAGUGGCUGAACACGCUACUGUUGGUCGUGUCGCGCUGUCAGGGCUGGGGUACUUCGAGGCUCUCGAUAUCCAGGCGCACUCGUCGAUGCUGUCAGCCAUCUGCAGUCCAGUGCAGUCCACCUACUCUCGGUUGGUUCCCAAGCCCUCGCAGCCCUCACGGCUAUUUUUUUCGCAAGGUUUGACGUGGCGGUGUUGAGACAGCUGCGGUGGGACCGCCAGCGUUGACACGCUGUCGGGUUGUAGGGCAUCCAGGCAAAAGGAUAGAGAUGGUCAGAGGCGCGCUCCACACCCAAUAAAAGGGCACAACGGCAGGAACGAGCCGAGUUGACAUAAGGACUGCUCCAGGCAAAGGCGCUAAGGCCUUGGAGGUUUGGUCAUGUUGCGGCAUGGCCACCAUCGGCGGCUGUUCUCGCAGACGGGGAGGCUGCGCCAGCCAAGUAUUAAGGAUGCCGAAGCUGUUACAACAUGCAGGACGCAUGUACACCUUAAUUGAAUGUACAUACAGGGUCAGAGCUUGGAGGGGAUCCAACGGGGUGGAGGAUGGCCCUAUGGGUUCGUGUGUGCCAAGUCUGUGAAGGUGAGCGCAGCCACGCUGUCACGGCGCAGUCACCGGCCGUCAACCUCCAGUGAGACCUUACGAGUUAG